AUGUCUAAGCUUUUCUUCGCUUUAGCUCUCUGCUGCAUUUUGGUGGCCCAAGUCCUUGCUCAGGACUCCUCUGGUCGCCGUUUCUGUAAUCGCUUAUUCUCAAAUUGCCUUCGAGAGCAACCUACUGUGGGAACUAAGGAUGAUACAGUUGGGUUCUUCAAUGCCUAUUGCGAACGUCAUGAUCGGAACUGGAAAAGGGUAACCCGUUGUGAAUUGGUCCGCGCUUCAUGCAUACUAAGCAUGGUUCGCUGUGAUAAUGGAACUUGCAAAAAUGUGGCCGAUAGCCUGCGGACUUAAUUAAUAUUAUCGAGCUACAUCCCUCUGAAAUCAAAUAAAUGUGUUAUGAGACCAAUUUGUAGUGUUU